AAACAAUUAUUACUAUAAUUUCGUGAAUCAAAAAGUCGAAUUAGUCUGACUUUAUCGAUAAUCUUGAUAAGAGUGGUAUAGAUCAAAAGAUCUUGGCCUGACAUUGACAAGGACAAACGUAGUAAUUCUAUAACUUUUUCAUAUUUACCGAAAUUUUAAGUGUAUUUUUAUCUAUUUUUAUAUAAGAAAAGUUUUUAUUGAGAACACAAUUUUUAAAUACAGAGCUUCAAAUAUGAGCUUAACCGUAGAAAUAGUUAAAACAAUACCAUAUCCAGAUCAAAAACCAGGAACUAGUGGCUUACGGAAGAAAGUUAGUGUGUUUCAAAAAGAAAAUUAUACUGAAAAUUUUAUACAAUCUAUAUUAGAUGCAAAUGGAGAAGCGAUUGUUGGUUCGACUUUAGUUGUUGGUGGUGAUGGAAGAUAUUUUUUAGAAGAAGCCGUAGCUAUCAUAGCUAAAAUUGCAGCUGCUAACAAGGUGUCCAAAUUAAUUGUAGGACAAAAUGGUAUAUUUUCAACACCAGCGUGUUCACACAUUAUUCGAAAAUAUAAAUUAUUAGGUGGAAUACUUUUAACUGCUUCACAUAAUCCUGGUGGCCCAACGGAAGAUUUCGGCAUUAAAUUUAACUGUUCAAAUGGUGGCCCAGCUCCAGAUGCUGUUACAGAAGAAAUAUUUAGUUUAUCGAAAAAAAUUGAGUCGUAUAAAAUAGUGAACGGCUUGAAUGUGUCAUUAUCCACAAUUGGAAAACAAAGUUUUGAUGUUCAAGGUAGACAAUUUGAAGUAGAAAUUAUUGAUAGCGUUCAAGAUUAUUUAGAAUAUAUGCAAGAAAUCUUUGAUUUCGAUAAAUUGAAAACUUUGAUUAAAGGAUCUAAAGAAAGACCAUCGUUUAAUGUUUUAAUUGAUUCCAUGCAUGGAGUAACUGGACGAUAUGUAGAAAAAAUAUUUAAAGAAACAUUAGGCUGUGGAGAAAAAAAUGUUACUCGCACAAAUACAUUACCAGAUUUCGGUGGAUUCCAUCCAGAUCCAAAUUUAACAUAUUGCAAAGAAUUAGUACAAAAAUUGCAAGACGAUUGUGCUUAUGAUUUUGGAGCUGCAUUUGAUGGAGAUGGGGAUCGUAAUAUGCUUUUAGGAAAAAAAGCAUUUUUUAUAACUCCAAAUGAUAGUUUAGCAAUACUUGCGAAUAAUUUAGAAUGCAUACCUUAUUUUAAGAAAAAUGGUGUAUUUGGAUUUGCUAGAUCAAUGCCUACAGCUGCUGCUGUCGACAGGGUUGCUAAAAAAUUAAAUACAGAAAAUUUUGAAACACCAACUGGAUGGAAAUAUUUUGGUAAUUUAAUGGAUGCAGAUAGAAUAAGUUUAUGCGGUGAAGAAAGUUUUGGAACAGGGUCAAAUCAUAUUCGUGAAAAAGAUGGUAUUUGGGCAGCAUUAGCUUUCUUAUCAGUUAUUCAACAUACAGGAAAAUCUGUUCAAGAACUGUGUGAAGAUCAUUGGAAAGAAUUUGGACGUAAUUAUUUUACACGGUACGAUUAUGAAAAUUGCGCUGAAGCUCCAUGUAAAGAUAUGAUGAAACAUUUACAAGAGUUAGCUGAUACGAAAGCUUUAAUUGGUAAAUCAUUUCCAACGACCGGUCAAACUUAUACGGUGAAAGAAAUGGAUAAUUUUGAAUAUGUAGAUCCAAUUGACAAAUCUGUUGCCAAGAAUCAAGGAAUUCGAAUUAUUUUCGAAUGCGGCUCUCGUAUUAUAGUUCGUUUAUCAGGUACUGGCUCAAGUGGUGCCACAGUUCGACUUUAUGGUGAAAAUUACUCUCAAAACGAAGUUUUAAAAUCAGCUCAGGAUAUGUUGAAACCCAUUAUUGAUAUUGCUCUUGAAGUAACAAAAUUAAAAGAAUAUACUGGAAGAGAUGCUCCAACUGUUAUUACAUAAAUAAGUUUUAUUAUUUUAUGGAUAAUUUUUCAUUUUGAAUGGUUGAUUAUUGCUAAAUUCAUUUGUUAUUAUGGUAUUUCAAGCUGCAGCACAGAGAAAAUAUGUAUUUUAUUUGAAUAUAUUUGUACUU